AAGGCAAAAGCCUCUCAUACUCCUUAAGAAAGUCAGUGUCAGCAUCUGGCUGAUCAAGUAAGAAUGUAGGACCAUCCCACUCCCAGGCACUCAGGCACACAGCUCCAUGUACAUUCUGCAAGCUUCCAACAGCCAGGCAGCCUCAUACAGCUCAAAGGUUCAACAUUCCAUGUCUCAUGAAUCUCUGGAUAAGUCUUUCCACAUAAAUCCUUCAGAACAUUUUUAAAAAUGGAGAAAACCAAUGGAGAAGACAUUUUAUCCAAAGCAGAGAAGAAAGAAAAACGCAUGUCAUAUUCGGUGGAGACACCUUAUGGCUUUCACUUAGACCUUGACUUUCUUAAAUACGUGCAUGACAUUGAAAAAGGAAACACCAUUAAAAGGAUACAUAUACACAGAAGGGCAAAGCAAUCAAAGUUCAGCACUCUGCCACGGAAUUUUAGUGUGCCAGACAAUGGGUCCCAGUCCUAUACUUCCUCGUCAAGCAGAACUUGGAGUCCAACAAGUUACAAAUCCGAUGUCCAAGGCAAUAUUUCACCUGCGAGUGAGUCAUCUUUGCGGUUAAGAUAUCUGCAUGAUUUAAACUAUAGAAAGAAGGAUCAUGUAUUUGAUACCCAGAAACAUAUUGGUGAUAUAGUUCCAGAAGGUCUCAAUAGAUUUGCAGAUAGGCCACAGUUUAUGAGGGCAUCUAGUAUGCCGGCAGCCCUUCCACAAAGCACAACACAGUAUGAACAGAACCAAUACCUCAAACUCCCACAAUCAGCAAACAGCGACAGUGAAAGCACAAUACAGUGUCUGGAAGGCUCACGUCAUGGAGGUCCUGAGAACCAAUUCACAGCAGCUCUCAAAAGGAUUAAAGACCUUGAGGAACAAUUAGAAACUAUUACUGAACUUAAAAAGGCCAUUUUAGAACUUGAAGGGGAAAACUGCAAGUUGAAUACACAAUUAAAAUCAAUAUCAGAACUGCUAACUAGUAACAGAAAGGAAAAUGAGAAUGUUAAACUUAUUAUUUCGGAAAGUGAAGCACAACCGGAAGCCAUAACUGGAAAUGUAGAGAAUGACGGUGAUUUGGGCUGUUCCAGCGUAAGCCAUUCUAUAUUUUUGGCGAUUAAAAAGCAAAUUACAGAGUUGAAAGAACAAUUAGAUGACAGUACCAAAGAUUGCCACAACCUGCGAGAAAUACUGGAGAGACAAAAGGAUGAAAUGAAUGCAAAGAAUUUACAUAUUGUUGAACUGAAAAACACAAUAGACACUUUGGAAGAAAUGAUUAGUAGAAAACAAAAGGAAGAUGUUGAGUACAAAGAUGUUGCAGUAAAUACCGAGCCGCCGCCGCCGCCAAAGGAUGAACAAAAAGGCAAAAGCUUUUCUGACUAUAUUUCAUUUGUUACUCAGUCAGUGGCAAGUGCCACCAUGACAACUGACCUCGAGCAAACAUUAGAUGAGAAAAAUGAAUUGUGCCUGCUGAUAGACACCGAUCAUCCUGCUGUUAGGGCAUGUCCUGAAGUGCAGCCUAAUAUUACUUCAGAUUCGGACAUGAACAUAAAGGAAGCAGUGGCAAGCUUCAUUACUGUUGAGACAGAGCAUUUGGACACACAUAUAUCACAGAGUCACAAUCUUGACAAUACAGAAUUAGGGGUGUGCAUCACAGAAGAUCAAACACCGUCAGAUGCUUCUGUCGGGCAGUAUGUCAAAAGGAUUCAGGACCUUUUGCAGGAACAAUGGACAUGUUUAGAGCACGGAUAUCCAGAUCUAGCUAGUGCUAUUAAACAGCCUGCCUCCAAACUGAGCUCAAUACAGGGCCAGUUAGUGAAUUCUCUCAAUCUGUUAUCAUCAGCUUAUUCAAUUCAAGCAGCACCAGAAAGAGGUCAUUCUAAGAUGAAGAACCAACACAGAGAGGCAGUGGCCAGGAGCAGCCUGAAGUCUAUCAUGAAGAAGAAAAACACUAACAGCCGCAUGGGGGGCAGUGAAGCUCAAGCUAAAAAGAAUCUCCAGUUUGUUGGGGUCAAUGGUGGUUAUGAAACAACUUCCAGUGAGGAUUCAAGCUCUUCUGAAGAAUACUGUGACACAGGAAAGAAUGGAGUUCAAAUAGAGAAUGUAUUACUGCCAGUGUCAGAGGAGAAGGAAACUGCCCAAGAAGAUCCUGAGCCACUAGUGGCAUCUUCCCAGCUUGUAGCACAAAGAUAUGCAGUGAGUGAUGCCUUUCGUGGUGAAUGCCAAAAACUGUCUAAUCAUCUUGCAGAGCUUCAAGGAACAACAGACAACCAACUGAGACAAACCUUGUACACGGUCUGCCAAGAAUGGUUCAGAGUUUCCAGCCAGAAAACAUCCAGCUCUGAUCUUGUGGCAGUUUAUCUGGAAGAAUUCAGCUCGAUCUGUCCCCAGUUAUUACAAAUGGUGGUCAAUAUGUCUGAUGAGAAUGGGAACACUGCCAUGCACUACAGCGUCUCACAUUCCAAUUUCAGGAUUGUUAAACUCCUACUCAAGACAGGAGUGUGUGAGGUAGAUAAUCAGAACAAAGCUGGGUACACCCCAGUGAUGCUAACAGUGCUGGCGUCCACAGAAACCGAAGAGGAUAUGGAGGUGGUUCUUACCCUUCUAAAUCAUGGAAAUGUUAACCUGUGUGCAACUCAGGGGGGACAAACUUCUCUGAUGCUGGCAGUAAGCCACGGGAGGUUGGACAUGGUAAAGGUCUUGCUCAACUGUGGAGCAGAUGUGAAUCUGAAAGAUGAAGAUGGAGAAACUGCUCUGAUGAUGGCCUGCCAGCUCGGCAACAUGGAUAUUGUGAAACUCUUAUUAGCUCAACCAGAGUGUGACCCAGAACUAAGUGACAAGGUUGGCAAUACUGCCUUGUCUAUUGUUCUUAAGUCUGCCCACAGCGAGAUUGCAGAAUUUCUACAAGCCCACACAGAGCACAGACGCUCCCGUUCCGCAGCUGAAAUGGAAAAAGGAGCUCCAUUGUAAGCAAGCAUAGGGAACAAAGCCCAAUUAUGUACCAGUUCAGAUCUCUCUGUAGGACUUUGCGAGUUCUGAGCGUAGAUACAGUAUGAUACAUCCCUGCAUUGUCUCCACUUUGAGAAACUAUUUGGAAUAUGUGUAUAUUUACAAGAAUAUCUAUUGCAUACUUAACAUGUCAUCAUAUAAUAUGCAAAUAUAUUUUUUCCGCAAAGGUC